GACUGGCGUUCGAACUAUCUUCUUGCUCGACAGUCUUUUUUGUUCUUCACCCAUGGCCAUCCCAGAGUUGACGAGAAAGUUUAUGAACAGAACCAACCAAUCAAGUGUGUGUGCCGAUUUCCUUGUGAUCUUUGCCGAUUCCUAGCUUUUCUCUCACGAGAACCUUUCCUUUACCUUCCACAGCAAAUUGAUGAUUUAUCCACGUUUUUAUUGAGAUGGGCAGGAGAAAAUUGAAAGGCGUCGCGGCAGCAGCAGUGAACCAGGAUGCUUCUGCGGCACCGGAGACGAAAUGUCCGCACGUGCACUUUGCCUCGUUCGCCCAGAACACCAGGUCGCUGCUGAACCCACGAUUGUGGGCGUGCUCAGUGUGUGGCACCACGGAGCGAGUAUGGGCUUGCUUGUUCUGUUCAUUCAUGGGAUGUGGAAGGGAUGUUGGUGGGCAUGCGCUGCAACACCAUCAAACAACAAAGCAUGCUGUCACGAUGGAAGUGAACGAUAUGUAUGUCCACUGCUACAUCUGCAAUUGUUAUGUGCUGAGCGACAAUAUUUUCAAUGACCUGGAGGUGCUGCGUUGCAACAUGCGUGCUCUGGCAACGCGCUCCUUUGAGCAGAGCCACACACGAAGUGGCCAUGUCAUGCGCAUCGAGUCUACCGCCAAUGUACACUCGCAGGACUUAAGUAAUUUGGAGGAAGAGCAGGAUAUGCUGGCGAAUCAGAUCGAGACUGCCGACACGCACUUCAAAGCAAAGCUUCUUGUGAAAGUGAUCAAUGCUUGGCACCAAACUGCACAUUCUUCAAAGGCUGCCGCAAGCUCAGCGCCGAGAGUGGUGCCGGUGACUCGACCGUGCAGCAGCUCAUCGCUACCUGGUGCCAGUAGUACUAACUACAGUGUGGUUGGAGAUAGCAAACACGAACAACCGAUUGCUCCACCGGUAGAUGCACCAUCAGUUCGACGAAAGCCAAAAUCGCUGGCCUCGGGUGUGACGGGACUGCGAAAUCUCGGCAACACGUGCUACAUGAACUCGGUCUUGCAAGCUCUCGGACACUUGACAUUCUUCCGCGAAUGCUUUCGGCAAAUGAUGCUGCCUGUACUGACGGCGGGAGCAGCGACAGAGGGCAUCAAGACCACGCCGUCCUCCGCCAGGCCAACAUUCUCCAGGCUCCUCAGCACUCCCCAGGAGCGUGCCGAGAGCUUUCAGCGAGACUUGUUCUACGCGCGGCAGACCACCAUCGAGUGUUUCAAUCAAUUGACCAUGUCGUUCGCAGACAGCUCCACGAAGCAUCGACUCUCAACUCACUCGGUUGGUUUAAACGGUGGUGACGGCGGGGCUACCAGCCAGCGUGGUCGUUCACAUCGUGUUUCCAGUACGGGGGCCAGUAAGCCGGCUAGCAGCAUGUCUUCGCCGGUGGUGGGCCAGUCGCAAGCGUCCCAGGCAUCGCAAUCACUGUCUUUAGUGACGGGGCUGCAUCAACUCUUUCGCGUCACAUGGUCUGGGAAGUGGACCGUGGCUACACCGAGCGCACUGCUAGUUUCCAUCUGGCGACAGAUCCCUUCUUUCCGUGGACACGAGCAGCAGGAUGCACAGGAGUUUCUCUCGCACUUACUGGAGCGCCUGGAGCUGGAGCUUGGUCGUCUUCCAACAACUUGUGUCGCCAGGCUGGUUCUACCCAAGAGAGAAAUUGUGGUACCAUCUGACAUCAUUCCGGCUGCUUUCCGUGGAAAGCUACUCAGCGAGGUGACUUGCCAGACAUGCGGGACGAGAACGAAGCAGCGCGAAGUGUUCUACGACAUCUCGCUUGACUUUCCCGACAGGUACCAAGCCAAGAUGGCUAGCUCCAGGUCUUGCAAGAGAACGGGGCGACCGCCAUGUCAGGAGCCGUGUGAUCUAAAAGAUAUCCUGGAGAAGUUUGUGGCCUGCGAGGACCUGGGACCCAUCUUCUUGUGCAACAUGUGCCUGGGUGUUACAAGUCAGGCAGCGGGAGUAGCCAAGCGCCGUGUCAGUCGCAGUGCCAGUGUCAUCACAGCUGGGCAGCGCUAUCAACCCGCCGUCAAGCAGCUACGCUUGGAGAGGCCACCAGAGGUGCUGAGGCUCCAUCUGAAGCGGUUUAGGUGGUUUCACUCGAGCCGCGAGAAGAUCAACGUUCACGUACACUUUCCCCUGGAGCUGGACAUACGGCCGUACUGCGUUCCACCGCCUACACCUGCCACUCGCCAGCCACAGCGGCAGUGUGCACCGCCGGACGGGCCCAGCUCUGCUGCCGCCACCGCAACUGCCGCCGCGGCGACUAAACCAGCCAAUGCCAGGCCGGUGUCGUCACGCGCCGCGAGAGGUCGCAAUCCGCUGGUCCGCACCGCAGCAGUGGACCAUUCCACUAGCGUUAAUCCUGCAGCCUCGUCACAACCCUGCAACAGUAGUGGUGGUGGCGAUGGUGAGCUUGUCUCUCUUGAAGACGUGCUCGACCUCUCCGAGGUGUUCGGCAAGCGGCCGGCAUCGCGGCUGUGCAAUAACGCGGAUGAUAACGGCGGUGGUGGCGGUGAUGAUCAUGAUGGUGACGAUACGUUUGAGGGUCCCGCCAGCCAGUUCAGUGCCGAUGACUAUAUCUACGACUUGUCCAGCAUCAUCAUGCAUCAUGGCACCGGGUUCAAUCGUGGCCACUACACGUCCUACUGUUGGAACGAGAUAGCAAGGAGCUGGGUGCACUGCAACGAUGCACGUCUAACGCUGUGUUCCGAAGCGGAGGUGCUGCAAUCGCAGGCCUACAUUCUCUUCUACGUACGCCGUCAUGGACGAGCAGGCACAGGCUAUUCGCCAUUCUCGGCUAAUGUUCCCAUGGCAACCACGCCAAUCUCGCCGUCAACAUUGUCUCCUCUCUUUGCGCCCAGCUCCAAGGUGACACCCACUAGAUGAAUGAAAUGGCAUGGUGGAGUUGUCACAUGCGUGUAUUUAGUUUCCAUCACCCGCGGUAUCGUAGGUUUGCCGCGCGCUAGAGAGAGAGAGAGAGAGAGAGAGAAUGUGCGUGUGUGUGUGUGUGUGUGUGUGUGUGUGUGUGUGUGUGUGUGUGUGUGUGUGUGUGUGUGUGUGUGUGUGUGUGUGUGUGUGUGCAGCACAGUUGUACGGCCAUGGUGGAAGUCGACAUUGCCCUCAUUGGUUCUCUGCUGCAGUAUCACAGGCAUUUGUUGAUACGUACAAUCCAGUCUACUCCCACUGCGCCAUGGACAGCUGUGUGUGAUCUGUUUUUUGGCAUGCCCCUACAUGUUCAUGUAUCGCCGGCCUGAAGUGAUGAUGUUCAAGUUUAUCAGGCAUGCAUGCCCGGGUAUAUAUUUGCACGCGGCCGUUUGUUUUAGCGUUCAUUUCUUUUCAGCCGUGACACUGCGUGGCCGUGAGUGUGUAUACUGCAGGUGCUGUGCAGCGGUUGUCUCGUGUUUGUUUUCAUCGUGUUCCCCGUGUCGUGAAUUUUUUUAUACUUUGACUUGAUCUAUGUACUUGUAGGCUGUAUUGAGAUACUGGGACGAUCGAGAGGCGUUGAAAGAUUUCUACGCUCUCCGACACACACACGUACACACACGAACACUCACACACACACACGCACACACACACACAUACGCAUGUGUAGCUUGAUCUUGAUUGUAUCUUCUUCCGGAGAUUUCUCAUGGUGCUCUGCACCGUUCUCUGCUGGGUUGUUUCUUUGUUGCAUCACCUUUUUCUCUCUCGCUUGUAUUGUUCGCCGGCUAUGCCUAGCCCUGCUUACUACAACACGCUGACAGCUGCAGGCUAGCUGUCGUAGCCAUGAUCCCAGUGUGCAUGUGGGUGCGUGCGUGUGGGCGCCAAUACACACUGUUCGCUCCUGUCAAGUCUUGGCUCUUGAUUCGUUGUUUCCUAUUUUAAAUCCUAUCGUUACGGAAUAUUACUGCAUAUGAUAACCCACUGCCAUGGUGUGUUUGUA